UCCAUGGUUUCUACCCUUAUCAAGAUUAUAUCAGCUUACAUUGAAAAGAUUUGCAAAGGAAUGUUUACAAAGAAAUUGGCAAACCAAAUCAAGAAGAAAGAGAGAAGUAAAAAUAAAGAGCCAACAAAAUUGACCACUGACCUGCAAGCACACAAUCCAACUCUUUCUAAUACAGUGAAGACUACUGUUAAAAAGAUCUCCAAAUGCUCCUCAGCACGUAACGUUUCGCUGGAAGACGACGACGGCAAGAACGACUGCUCAUCCCUAUCGCCCACUUUCAGUUAUCGUGUGGCCAUUGCAAAUGGACUCCCUAGAACCGCCCCUUUUUUGAAUAACAACAAUGAGAGCAUAUUUCCCGAAGUUAUUUCAAUCGACAGUAGCUACUCCGACACACUGAGUGACGCAAAGCCUGUCCGUAGACUGGAUGAGCAUAAAUCGCACACUAUGCCAGUAAGAAGGAACCGGAAGAGCCUUAUCAGUUUGGCUCCUUCUGAUGGGAGCUCUGAGGGUGAACGAGUGGAACGAUCCAGUCUGCACACUCUCCGGCUAGGCGCUCUUCGCAAGUUAAGGAAAUGGAAAAAGAGUCAGGAAUGCGUCUCUUCAGAUUCCGAGGUGAGCAACUGGAGGAAAACCCUCGGCAUCCGGAGCAAGUCCUUGGACCGGGCAGGACGGCAGCAAAAAAGCUCUACUCUGGAGCCUGGCUCUUCAUCAACGGGAUGUAUCAGUCAGACGCAGGAUGUCAUGGAAAUGAUCUUCAAAGAACUUCAAGGGAUCAGCCAGAUAGAGACAGAACUGUCCGAACUACGUGGCCACGUCAACGCCCUAAAGAGCUCGAUUGACGAGAUUUCCAGCAGUGUGGAAGUAGUUCAGAGCGAGAUCGAGCAACUCCGCUCGGGAUUUGUCCAGUCGAGAAGAGAAACACGUGACAUCCAUGACUACAUAAAACAAAUUAGCCACCAGGCUAAUAAUUCAACACUGCGUUUCCUCAAUGUUCCUGAAGAAAGAUCAGAGAAAACAGAACACCUUAUAUAUAAAUUACUAAAAGACAAAAUGGGUCUUACUGAUGCCCAUAAAACUAUUAAAAUAGAGCUCGCUCACCGGUUAGGGCAACAACGAGAAUGUUCCAAUGCAAAGCCUCGCCCAAUCAUAGUUAUAUUCGCAACACCUCAAGAUAGGGAUUUAGUCUUGAAAAAAUGCUAUAAACUUAAAGGAACUGGAAUUACAGUUUCCACCGACAGCUUAACUAGAGAAGGGAAAGAGCGAAAAGACAAAGCGAUGUCCUCCUCACAAACCUAUGAAAGUAUGGAUAUUAAGGUAUCAGGGAAAGAUAAAGUAGUAGAGAGUGAUGACUGGGACUCCAUGGACAGUGACAAGGAAUUAGAUGAACUGAGCAGAAACAAAUAUGCAAUGGUAAUUUCAAAGCCUACUCACAAGAGUAAAUCAGAGAAAAGACGAUCCCACGACCACAGUCGGUCAGGAGAAGAAGCGAGCUACUCAGGUGCAGUUCACUAUGCCGAUGAUUCCUACUAUGACUCCGACAAACAUGGGAAGGCUUACUACUCUGAUGUGACAUCCGGUUGGCUCUCUCAGAGUGACUAUUCCACACCGAAACUUAGUCGCUCGGAAUCAGACUGCUCAAAACUUUGCCAGUCAUACUCAGAGGACUUUUCAGAGAGUCAAUAUUUUACACGGACAAAUGGCUGUUCCCUGUUAUCCUCUUCAGAUCAAGAACUGUGGCAGAGGAAACAAGAGGACAUGGCAUACUCUUGGUACGGUAGCCCCAGUCACCAACACAGCCACGGAAAUCAACCUUAUGAACACAAUGAGAUUGAGACAACAGAGACUGUUGACAGUGGAGUGAGUAAUGGACUCGUCUGCAUGUCUGGAGACAGAAGUCACUACAGUGGAUCCCAACUUUCAUUGCAAGCAGACCUGUCACCUUGGAAAGACUGGCAUCAUAUAGAGCAAGGAGCUGAUUCAGGCUUGGAAGCAUCCAUAGAGGUUAGUAGUCCAUUUGACCCAUCCACCAUCCCAGGUUUCCCAGAGAAUAUAACUAAAUGCCAAGAAGUUGAUUUACAAUUUGAAGGAGAGGAGGAGUUUAUGAUGCUUAACAGAGAGUCCUCCCUGCCACCAAUAACCACCCACAUAAUUAACCCCGUAGAACGUGAGUCCACUAAAGCACAUGUACGCCAGUCUAAAGGGGGUUCUAAGGGGGUAACAAAAGAAAGUGCAAAAGUUCCAUCUAAAGAAGCGUCAAAAGCUACAGCUAAAACUUCAAGUAAACAAACUAAAAUUAUACCAAAAGAUGUAACCCCCAGAUUACAGGAAAAGGAAAUUACACAUGUAUCUGCAAAGAUUUUACCUAAAGUGACAUCAAAUGCCACACCGAAAGAGCCAGUGAAAGAGAAGAAAUUAGCAGUGAAAGAGACCCCUCAAGCCCUCCCCAAAGACAUCCCAAAACCAACAACAAGAUAUGCCAGUAAGCCUGCCAAUGAAGAUGUACCUAAAGUAGCGCCUAAGGUCAUAAGCAGUGAGAUAGGUAAAGUCAGCAAAGCAAGCCCAAAAGUUUCCCAGGCACUGACGCCGAAACAAAGCCCAAGAGAGUCACCAAAAGAGAGCCCUAAAAUAACUCCAAUUGUGAGCCCAGCUUCAACUCCCAAAGAAUCCCCAAAAGAGUCCCCUAAAGUAUCCCCUAAACAAUCCCCUUUGAUCAGUUCGAAAGCACCUAUACAAGGUGCACAGAAAGUUGGUGGUAAAGAGGUUUCCAAAGAAGUUGCAAAGGUACUUCCAAAAGAGAUACCAAACGUUUUGAAUAAGGAGAGCAACAACAAUAAUAAAUUACCAUCGAAUAAAGAUUCAAGCAUUCCGGUCAAAGAGGCACCAGUUCCUAAAGAGACCCCAAAGGUGCCUGUCAAAGAAUCCCCUAAAGCAUCCCCAAGUCAAUCACCUCAAAUAGUCUCUCCAGAUGCCCCGAAAGUAGUUGCUAAAGAUACUCCAAAGGUUGCAUCGAAAGCAGUUCCAAAGGAAACAUUUCCUGAAAUUGAUGUCAAUCACAGCUUUCAACAAACACAAGGUAAAUCCACAACUAUGUAUCGCAGUCAGAGUGAGAUUCGAACAGAGAAGGUCGAGGAGGUGCCAAAGUCAUGGAGCAGCAGGCUCAGUAUAGACCUAAGUGAAAAGUCUUUUGGUUUUGGCUUCGGUUCUACUCUGCAAAGGGCAAAAUCAGCUCUGGAAGUUGUGUGGAAGUCUGGGCCACAGAAUGCUCCCGCACCUCCUGAGGAGCCCGCAAACUCUUCUUCAACAUUUAUGGGGCGUUUCCGCACACUCUCGACCUCUAACUCGCCCUCUGCUGCAGAACCAGCUGCUCAGAAGGAACCUGUUUACUACCAACCGGAGGAGGAGGAAAUCAAAGGUGCUGAGGAGGAACCUGUUGAACAAUCAGAGGAUGGUGAGACCCACUAUGUUGAGGUGAUGGAACAGGUUCUGGCAAAUUUGGAGAACAGGACUAAUGUUAAUGAAACUGAAGAACUUGUGCAGGAAUGCGAGCCUUCUCAGGAUAACGAUGAUUUUGAGGACAUCAAUGCCUCUCAGGACAAUAAUGUCCCUCAAGAUUUCGAAACCUCUGAAGACUUUAGUGCCACAAGAGACAGUGACGCGAACCAUGAAGCACAUGUCCUAGAGUAUGACUGCGGCUUGGACGAGCAGUAUGACGAGGAGUACAGUGAAGACUAUGAAACCAAUGUGACUGAGGACACAGCCGAGUAUGAUGCAAUGGUCGAGUAUUUGGAUGUCGAGGAACCCGACGAGACAGAGGAAAAUGACCUAACAGAGGAGAUGGAAGAGGGCGAUGAGGAUAUAGAAGCAAUUGAGGAGAUGGUCGAGGAGACUGUUGAGGUGCCUGAAAAAGUGGAGUUACCUGAGGAGGAAGAAAACAAAGAUAUCACAGAGGAGAAACCUGCUGAGGCACCGCCAAAGAAGCGUAUGCGACCGACGUUUAAAGAGGCUGCUCUGAGGGCCUACCGGAAACAGAUGGCUGAAUUGGAGCAACAGAUCCUGGCAGGAGACUGCAGUGCUUUGGAUACUCAGCCUCGCAGUAUUUUGGACCCCAAAGUGCUCGGCUUGCAGUCUGGAGGGGCCGGCAGUAUUCUUUACGGUAUUGACAGCAUGCCAGAUUUACGCCGCAAGAGGACAGUGCCUCUUGUCCGAGACCUGGCUUUGACCCUCACUGCUCGAAAGGCAGGCAUCUCGUUCGCUCUGGUGAAUCGCUCCACCCUGAAUAACGAGGACUUGAAACUUCACGUCUUUAAAAAGACACUUCAGGCCUUGAUAUACCCAAUUUCUUCUACAACACCACAUAACUUUGAGGUGUGGACGGCCACUGCACCCACUUACUGCCAUGAGUGUGAGGGGCUGUUGUGGGGAAUCGCCCGCCAAGGCAUGCGCUGCUCCGAGUGUGGCGUCAAAUGCCACGAGAAGUGCCAAGACCUGCUUAACGCAGACUGUUUACAGAGGGCAGUGGAGAAGAGCUCCAAGCAUGGGGCGGAGGACAAGACCCAGAAUAUCAUUAUGGCUAUGAAGGAGCGAAUGAAGAUCCGGGAGAAGAACCGACCUGAGGUGUUUGAAGUGAUCCAGGAGAUGUUUGACAUCUCCAAGGAGGACUUUGCAACCCAUCUCAAGACAGCCAAGCAAGCUGUGCUGGAUGGCACAUCUAAAUGGUCUGCUAAAAUCAGCAUCACUGUUAUGAGUGCUCAAGGGCUCCAGGCCAAAGAUAAAACAGGCUCCAGCGACCCGUAUGUCACCGUCCAGGUGGGAAAAACCAAGCGUCGGACAAAGACCAUCUUUGGAAACCUCAACCCAGUGUGGGAUGAGAGAUUCUAUUUCGAAUGUCACAACGCCACAGAUCGCAUCAAGGUGCGCGUGUGGGACGAGGAUGACGACAUCAAGUCGCGGGUCAAGCAGCAUUUCAAGCGGGAAUCAGACGACUUCCUGGGCCAGACCAUUAUUGAGGUCCGCACGCUCAGCGGGGAAAUGGAUGUCUGGUACAAUCUAGAUAAGAGAACUGACAAGUCUGCUGUAUCCGGUGCCAUUAGACUUAAGAUCAGCGUGGAGAUGAAGGGGGAGGAAAAUGUGGUGCCACCUCACGGCCAGUACACCUGUUUACAUGAGAACCUGUUCCACUACUUGACCGAGGGCAGGAACAACGGCGUGGUGAAGAUCCCGCAGGUGAAAGGCGAAGAGGCAUGGAAGGUCUACUACGACGAUGUGUCUCAGGAGAUAGUGGACGAGUUUGCCAUGAGAUAUGGAGUAGAGUCCAUCUAUCAGGCUAUGACGCAUUUCUCCUGCCUGUCCGCAAAGUACAUGUGUCCGGGUGUGCCGGCGGUGAUGAGUAACCUGCUUGCGAACAUCAACGCCUACUUCGCCCACACUACCACUACCACAACAACCACCGCCUCUGCUUCGGAUCGAUUUGCUGCCUCCAACUUUGGGAGGGAGAAAUUUGUAAAAUUACUGGAUCAGCUGCAUAACUCGCUGAGGAUCGACCUGUCCAAGUAUCGAGACAAUUUCCCUGCUGGAAACCAAGAACGCCUCCAAGAUUUGAAGUCAACGGUCGAUCUUCUGACGAGUAUCACCUUCUUCAGGAUGAAGGUCCAAGAGCUUCAAAGUCCGCCCAGAGCCAGUCAAGUGGUAAAGGAUUGCGUGAAAGCUUGCCUGGAUUCCACGUACAAAUACAUUUUUGACAACUGUCACGAGCUGUACAAUCAGCUACUGGACCAGAGCCGGAAGCAGGAGAUCCCACGUGAAGAGCAAGGACCAUCCAUCAAGAACCUGGAUUUUUGGCCAAAACUCAUCACCCUCAUGGUGUCUGUUAUUGAUGAGGACCGGACAGCCUACACGCCAGUCAUCAAUCAGUUUCCGCAGGAGCUCAGCGUAGGCAAGAUCAGCGCGGAGAUAACUUGGAACCUCUUUGCCCUGGACAUGAAGUACGCCAUGGAAGAGCAUGAUAAGCACCGCUUAUGCAAAAGCACUGAAUACAUGAAUCUUCACUUCAAAGUCAAAUGGUUCCAUAAUGAGUAUGUGCGCGAAUUGCCAGCCUUCAAGGGGGUUCCACCAGAAUAUUCUCUAUGGUUCGAGCCGUUUGUCAUUCAAUGGCUCGACGAGAAUGAGGAUGUGGCCAUGGAUUUCCUCAAUGGGGCUCUGGAGAGAGACAAGAAAGAUGGAUUCCAGCAGACGUCCGAGCAUGCUCUCUUCUCCUGUUCGGUGGUGGACGUGUUUACACAGCUGAACCAAAGCUUUGAGAUCAUCAAGAAGCUGGAGUGUCCGAACCCUCAAGCUCUGGCUCACUUCAUGUGCCGCUUUGCCAAGACUAUCAAUAAAGUUCUUCUGCAGUAUGCUGCUAUCAUUUCCAAGGACUUCCCUUUAUAUUUGAACAAGGAGAAUGUGCCCUGCAUUCUUCUCAACAACAUUCAGCAGCUCAGAGUCCAGUUGGAGAAGAUGUUCGAGUCCAUGGGAGGCAAACAGGAGGAGGGGGUUGUGUCCUUCUGUAAGCUGGAUGCAGAGGCCAGUGAUCUGCUCAAGGAGCUGCAAAACAAGCUCAACACCGUUUUGGAUGAGCUCAGCGGUGUCCUGGGCUCCAGUUUCAAACCGGUGAUUGAGGACUGUGUAAAGCAGAUGAACCAAGAGCUGAUCCAAAUGAAAGGUUCCGCCAAGGGAAGUAACGCUGCCAUGGAUGCAGAAACCGUCCUCCGGCCUCUGAUGGACCUUCUCGAUAAAAAUUUGAUGCUAUUUGCCAAGAUUUGUGAGAAGACAGUGCUGAAACGUGUCCUCAAAGAGCUAUGGAAGAUCGUGCUGAACACCAUCGAGAGGACCAUUGUUCUGCCGCCGCUGAAUGACCAGAGCCAACAAGGAGCUCAGAUGAUCUUCAAUGCUGCAAAGGAUUUGGGACAAUUGUCCAAAUUGAAGGAACAUGUCAUCCGUGAAGAAGCAAGGAGUCUGACUCCACGUCAGUGUGCGGCCAUGGACCUUGUGCUUCCCACUAUCAAGCAAUAUUUCCAUGCCGGAGGAAAUGGGCUGAAGAAAACCUUCCUGGAAAAAAGCCCUGAUAUGAAGUCCCUAAAAUAUGCUCUUAGCCUUUACACUCAACCUACAGAUGCCUUGAUCAAGAAAUUUAUAUGCACCCAAACCUCUCAAGGUCAGUCAAGCAACGGGUCCGUGGGUGAGGUGUCCAUACAAGUGAACCUCAUCUCUCACCCUGGCACCGGAGAGCACAAAGUCAGCGUGAAGGUGGUCGGUGUGAACAACCUCCAGUGGCAGACUACUGCUAUGUUCCGGCCGUUCGUCGAGGUCAAUGCAGUUGGUCCACACCUCGCUGACAAGAAGCGCAAGUUCAGCACCAAGACCAAGAACAACAACUGGUCACCAAAGUACAAUGAAACAUUCCAAUACGUCUUGAGCAACGAGCACGGCCCAGAGACGUACGAGCUCCACGUGUCAGUUAAGGACUACUGUUUUGCCCGAGAGGACCGCAUCAUCGGCAUGACCGUCAUCCAGCUCCGUGAGCUAGCCGACUCGGGAAGCUGCGCCGCCUGCUACCCGUUGGUGAAGAGCAUCACCAUGGACGAGACGGGCCUCACCAUCAUGCGUAUACUCUCGCAAAGGACCAACGAUGAGGUGGCCAAAGAGUUUGUGCGUCUUAAGACGGACACGCGCUCGGCGGAAGAAGUAUCAUAA